AAGUAAUUUGGCAGGGAGACAAAUUCCUGGGGAAAUUAGCUGGGAAAAUCAGAAAGGACUCAUAGGAAUCUUGGUGGGGAGUUACAGUUUAACUGUCAUUCGGAAGAGAGUUAACUGUCAUGUCUGAAAGAGACUAUGUGAAUUACUGAGAGAACAAGGAGAACAACUUUCAAAGAGAUUGAAUUAACUGAUAUCUUUGAGAGAACUUAGUUUGACUCAUCCUUUGAAGAAGACAUCCCAAAGAAGUGACUUUAACUGCCUUCCUGGGAGAGCUGAAUUGGUGAAACUAUAUUUCCAGUGUCAGUUGGAGGAGCCAGAAGAAGCAGUUGAUGGCUAGAGGAAGAAGAUAUUAGUGGCAGGGGGAAUCCAGCAAGGCUUUAUGGAGGUGGCUCAAGCUGAGUUUUGAAACAAGCUAAGGAUUCUUAAGAUCUCAAAGGUUGCCAUGUGCCCCUCCUCUCUGACCCUGGAUGACUUCACUCAGCCAUCACCAUCCCCCUCUCCACCAGGAGAGGCAAGGGAGGAGAGCCUACCCUGGCACCAACGAUGCCGCCCUACAGAUGCCACCAAAGGUUUGCUUGUGGCACUGCUGGGUGGAGGCCUUCCUGCAGGCUUUGUGGGGCCCUUCUCUCGAAUGGCCUACCAAGCCUCCCAUCUGCCCUCCCUUGAGCUUCUCCUUUGCCGAUGCCUCUUCCAUCUUCCCAUCGCCCUGCUCCUCAAACUACGAGGCUGUCCACUGCUGGGGCCUGCAGGUAACAGACAUCGAGCCUGGCUCCAUGCCCUCCUCAACGUUCUCAGCAUUGGUUGUGCCUACAGCGCUGUCCUGGUUGUACCUCCUGGCAAUGCAGCCACUGUUCGAAAAGGCUCCUCCACCGUCUGUUCUACUCUUCUUGCCCUAUGUUUGGAAAGCCAACAACUCAGUAGCUAUGACUGGUGUGGCCUGGUUGGCAGCACCCUGGGCUUGCUUAUUAUUGUGGGCCCAGGGUUGGGCACCCUACAAGAAGGAUCAACAAGAGUCUACACAGCCCUUGGGUAUGUGUUGGCUGUCUUGGGUGGCCUGGCCCUUGCCCUGGGACUAUUGGUUUACCGAUCCCUGGAUUUCCCUUCCCGGCUACUGACUGUGGUAUUUCUCUUUGGUGUAGUAGGGGUGAUGGGGGCCUUGCCAGGGCUCUUCCUGUUGCAGACACCUGUGGUACCCCAUGACCCACUGAGUUGGAGCUGUAUCUGGGCUAUUGGGGUCUUAGCCCUGGUUUCCUUUAUAUGUGCCAGCUAUGCUGUCACCAAGGCCCACCCAGCACUGGUGUGUGCUGUGCUACAUUCUGAGGUGAUAGUGGCACUGAUGAUGCAGUAUUAUGUACUCUGUGAGACUGUGACACCAUCUGACAUCAUGGGGGCAGGAGUUGUAUUGGGUAGCAUUGCCAUCAUCACUGCCCAGAAUCUCAGUUGUGACCGGGAAAGGGAGGGUCUUAAGGAAUGAGGUAGUGUAUGUGUAAAAUGUGUGAAUGCAUGUAUUGGGGGGUAGGAAUUUGGGGAUUGGGAGAUUUGGGGCAAGGAAGUUAUUGGGGGGGGGACUCAUGUAUAUAUGAGGUGUUAUUAGUGUAAGGAAGACAAAGAACAAGACAAAAUGUUGGAAACUUGAUUGAGAAGAUUACUGAAAAACAAAGGAUGAUUCUGGAGGACCUGGGAGAUAGAGGUUUAAAGGAAAAUAAGGGACAAAGACCUGAAACAAAGAUUAGGGAACAAAGGGGAGGGGUCUUUGUAGUCAAGUGGUCAGGGUUUAAAAAGCAGGAGAAAUGGGAAAUGGAACUUUGGGUUUUCAGACUGGACACAAGACACACUUUCUGUAUAGAAUAAGGCAGGUAAACUACAUGAGGUUAGAGAAGAAAGGCAAAGAGAAUGAGACAGUCUUGAUGGGAAAUGUGGGUUGGGGGUUUGGCAAAGUUUGAGCUGAAAAAAGGGAAUGUAGGAAAGACACAAUAUUGACUUCAAACAAGGAAGAAUCUAAGUGUGACUGUCUGCCUUGGUGUCAUCUCUGCUUUGGGGCUGGGGAGGGGAUGGGGCACUGAGGGAUCAACCAACCCCUGUCCAAGCGUUGUUUAUUAAAAAUAAAAGUUCUUAGUGAUAGAAGGGAGCCCCUCUGGGAUAUCGUCAUCCCCUUCCUUGGGAUAUCUUCAACACUUGAUAGAUCCUCAAGAUUCCUCUCCUGAUAUUCUGCUAUUGGCAGGGCCAUCUGGUACACUAGGCCCGGACUCCUCGCUCGGGAACAGGCCCCGGAGCCGCGGGCCUUUCCUGGCGUCGUAAGAGGUUGGGAAAUCCAGCCUCAGAACGCGUAUCUCCAGGCGAAACCGAGGUAGCGCGGGCUCGCUGGUCCUCCGAGGCCCCAACGCCAAAGUCGCCAACUUCCGGACUUCCUGAAUUAACCGGGCCAUCUCGCUGGGGCAAAACAGCUACGGAAUUUAUUAAAUAUUCAUUAGCGUGA